AUGACUGAUUUCAAAGUGUACUGGAUCCUGUGCAUAUUUGCUGUUGUAAAUUCAGACACUAUCCCAACAUCAAUCCCAAAUAUAGACCAUUACUCUGGAAUGUCUUACGGUUCUUCCUCUAUGUCUAUUUAUGAAGGCGCUUUAAUGAAAUUAGGAUGUUCUUUGCCUUCACUGGGGAAUCCGCCGAUUACAUGGACAUGGUAUUGUGGGGGAGAAAUCAUGACAAACGUUACAUUUUCAAGCAACUACUUGAAAACAUACUUGAAUUUCACUGCAACAUGGAAGCACGACAGAAAAGUUUGCUAUUGCAGAGCAAGUUCUACUAGUUUAUUCUACGACGAAGCCUCUCGGUAUCGCUACGAGAUACGUGUUUAUCGACCCUGGACACGACCAUUUAUUUAUCCAUUGUCUCCUACAACUGUAGAGAGCGGUGAGAACAUUAGCAUAAAGUGUAAUCUCACAACACUGGGAUUUCCACAAAUAAUUAUGAUUUGGAUCUGUGACAGCAUGGUUCCACAGUAUGGAACGAGUAUAGGAACAGAGACGUACGUGGAAAUCGAAGUUACUGCACGUUACAAUGGAAAGUUAUGCAGAUGUAGAGGACUAUCUUCCCCAUCUUCUUACUAUGCAUACAUGUACACAUAUGACGAGGUAUCAGACCCUGUGGAGAUCACCGUUUUAC